AUGGUCCAAGCACUGGAGACUUCCGUCGAGCGCCGCAGUGAGAAGCUGCUGCAAGCAUUCGAGACUUUGGUCGAGUCCAUGAAUGUUGUUACCGUGCAAUAG